GAUUGGACAUGAUUUACUUUUUCCUGACACUUGGUUGGACAGCUGAUUAUUUGAGGUAAACACACUUGUCCUAAUCCCUGGAGCUCUGAGGUUUUACAAGUUCUUGUGCAUUGGACCUGAACACUGCUGAACGUGGCGCGCGACCCGCCGCUGAACUUCGGGGGUUGUGAUUGGCUGAGGAGUCGCGAGCGGAAACGCCCCUCUCCUUCAACCCCCUCAGAACAACAGGUAAGACUUAAUAUCGCGAGAAAGUUUAUUACAAGGAAGUGAGCUCCCCGCUGACAUGUUUCCGUGCAGACGGAGUAGUUCGGUGCUGUUGUAAAGACUUUGUGAUGAAUUGAGAAGGCAGUGGAGGAGAGGGAGACCACGCCCUCCUGGUGCUGCUUCUCUCCCAGCUGUUAGUGUUUAUAAAGCCCGUGUGAACAUUAGCGUCAGAAACAAUGCUCCUGCUCGCUGUUCGUUGGCGUGGAUUAUUAACUCAUGUGUUAAAGCCGGAGAGAAGAACACAAUGGCUCCACACACACACAUCCAAAACAACAAGCCCGAAAAACUUCACCGACUACAGCAGUCUGAUGCGCUUACCCAAACCGGCCAUUCCUCCUCUCUUCAACUUCGCUAAACAUGUGCUGGACGUGUGGGAAUCCACAGAAAAGGCAGGUGCUAAGUCAUCUUGGCCUGCUCUGUGGUGGGUUAAUGAUAGAGAUGAAGAGAUCAGAUGGAGUUUUGAGGAGCUGGGCUUCUACUCUAGACAACUAGCUAAUGUUUUGAUUGAUGAAUGCCGUUUGGUAAGAGGAGAUCGAGUCCUUCUCAUCCUGCCAAGAGUUCCAGAGUGGUGGCUGGUCAAUAUUGCCUGCCUCAGAACAGGUACAGUUCUGAUCCCUGGAACAUCCCAGCUUACAGCCAGAGACGUCCUGCAUCGUUUGCAGGUCUCCCAAGCAAAGUGUCUGAUCACAGAUGAGAGUAUGGCACCACUGAUGGAGGCUGUGAUUCCACAAUGUCCCGCACUGACCUCUAAGCUUCUGCUUUCCAACAAAGAGCGACCAGGAUGGGGCAACCUUGCAGCAGUAAUGGGGAGUGCUUCUGCUGAACACGUGUGCGUGGACACGAGGAGUGACGAACCUAUGACCAUCUUCUUCACCAGUGGAACCACUGGGUCUCCCAAAAUGACAGUUCACAGCCACUGUAGCUAUGGCCUAGGGCUCACCUUCAAUGGCAGGUACUGGUUAGAUCUUACUGAUGGUGAUGUGUUUUGGAACACCUCAGAUACAGGCUGGGCUAAAUCUGCAUGGAGCAGUGUAUUUGCUCCCUGGACUCAGGGAGCGUGUGUGUUCGUACACCAUAUGCCACGCUUCGACACCAGCACUGUCCUCAAGACUCUCUGCAGGUAUCCCAUCAGCACUUUCUGCAGUGCUCCAACAGCUUAUCGGAUGUUAGUACAGGAGGAUCCAUCCAGGUUCCAGUUUCAGGCUCUGGAGCACUGCCUGUGUGCAGGAGAGCCCCUUAACCCUGAGGUGAUGAGUAAAUGGAAGGAGCUCACAGGCCUUGAUAUCUACGAGGGAUAUGGGCAGACUGAGACUGUUUUGAUUGCUGGCACAUUCAAAGGUAUGGAAAUUAGACCCGGUUCUUUUGGGAAAGCAUCACCAGCUUAUGAUGUGCAGGUUAUAAAUGAAGAAGGAAAUAUUGUUGCUCGGGGAACAGAAGGAAAUCUGGCUAUCAGAGUGAAACCAGAUAGACCUUUCUCUCUCUUCACAGAGUACAUGGGAGAGCCAGAGAAAACAGCAGAAUGUUUCCGUGGCGAUUUCUACCUCACAGGUGACAGAGGGAUAAUGGACCAGGACGGAUAUCUGUGGUUCAUUGGCAGAGCUGAUGAUGUCAUACUGUCUGCAGGAUAUCGUAUUGGCCCAUUUGAGGUGGAGAAUGCUUUAAUAGAACAUGAGGCUGUGGCUGAGUCAGCUGUGGUCAGCAGUCCUGACCCAGUCAGAGGAGAGGUAGUGAAGGCAUUUGUUGUGCUUACUUCAGAAUAUAAACACAGAGACCAAAAUGAGCUAAUCAGACAACUGCAGACACAUGUGAAGAAGGUCACAGCUCCAUAUAAAUACCCCCGCAAGAUUGAGUUUGUGGACCAGCUUCCCAAGACAGUGAGUGGUAAAAUCCGGAGAGUGGAACUGAGGAAGAAGGAAUGGGGACUGCCAUGACUACCAUACGCUACUGCUGUGAUUGGAUACCAGUGAUGACUCAACAUCAUUUUAAACAUACUGUUACACAUACUGUCAUUUAUUAUAGGGCCAUAAUGAACAUAAAUAAGUUAGAAUUCCACUUUAGAUGAUGUAGUGAUCUAAGAAUUAAGGUCAAUUGUCAUCUGGCCUGGUAUCAACCUGGUAUCUGAAUUUCCUCACAAGGUAUUUCAAGCAUAAGGACAACUUAUAAAUUCAGUCAGGUAUGAAUAUUUUAAUCAAAGUCAGUUUUUAUCUGAUUAAAUAAGGUAGGUGUGCUUAUACACUCCAAUAAAGAAAUAUUUCAGCAUUUUCAACCUAAUUUUCAUCUACAGCAUCUUUAGUAUAUGUGUGAUUGCCAUGGACAAGAAUUUUGAUGUUUCCCUGUACUAAGAAAAGAACUGAAAAUCUGUGUAUGUGGUACUUGCUUAUAAUGUCUUGAGUGUAAUAGCGUUAAAUUUGCUUUAUUCAUUCGUUCAUUCAUCUUCAGAAAUUGCUUUAUUCUGACCAGGGUUGCCUUGGAGCCAGAACCUAUCCUGGGUACACACUGUCACUCAUUCACUCAUAGGGGUAAUUUACUGUAGCCAGUCCACCUACUAGCAUAGUUUUUGGGAGCUGGGGGGAAGCCGGAAAGCCUGGAAGAAACUGACACGGGAAGAACAUACAGAGAAACACCACACAGGCAGUAAUGCAGGCUCGGGAUCAAACUGUGGAGCUGUGAGGUGACAGCGCUACCUGCUGCACCACCAUGCCACCCAGUUUGCAUUAUAUAAUCACAUAUUCUAAAUGUUUACUGACUGAAUUGAACAACUGACCUCGACUUCCAUUGUAAGUGAGUAAACUGGUUUUCUGUUGUUUUGUUUUUUUGAUACCAGAGUUGAUUCUUGGCUUUGGUAAAUGCCCUUUAAUUACACAGCUAUAGAUAGAGAUUAGGUUGAAAAACACUGGAAUAUUCCUUUAAAUAAGCUAUACUACAGGUUCAUGGUUCAUCUCCUACGAGUAUACUCCUGUUAAUUCCUCUUAAUACUCAGCAUGGACCAUCUUAAAUAACAGAUUGAGCUCUAGCUAAAACCUAGGGGGGAAAAUGAUCAAUUUAUGUAAUCCACAGGUUCCUAACCUGGACCUGGAAUACCCCUUGUCCUGCAAAUUUUAAUGUUUUCCCUGCCCUAACACAUUCACUUCAACUUAGGAAGGGCUAUUAAUUAUCUAACUAGUUGACUCAAAGCAGGGAAAACACUAAACUGUGCAGGCCUGGGGGGACCUACAGGACUAGAGCUGGGAACCUGUGAUGUAAUCCAAAAUCAUUUAGUUUUUUGUUUCCACUGAAAACUGCCCUUAGAGGAUCACACAGUCUCUCAUGCAUAUGAAGAAUGAAAUAAUCACACAAAAAAUUUUUUGUAAAAGUCUUUUUAAGGUACUGAACUGCAGAGGGAGACAUUCACAACUAAUCAGAGCCACUCCACUCAGAAAUACACCGAUCAGCCAUAACAUUAAUACCACUGACAGGUGGCACCUGUUAGGCAGCAUUAGGCAACAAGUGAACAGUCAGUUCUCGAAGUUGAUGUGUCGGAAGCAGGAAAAAUGGGCAAGCAUUCGGGUCUGAUGGCACCAGGAUCCACUAUGGGAAGAAGGCAUGCCGGCAGAGGCAGUGUGAUGCUCUGUGCAAUGUUCUGCUGGGAAUCCUUGGAUCCUGGCAUUCAUGUGGAUGUUAUUUUGACACGUACCACCUACCUAAACAUUGUUGCUGACCAAGUACACCUCUUCAUAGCAACGGUAUUCCCUAAUGGCAGUGGCCUCUUUCAACAGGAUAAUGCACCCUGCCACACUGCAAAAAUUGUUCAGGAAUGGUUUGACGAACAUGACAAAGAGUUCAAGGUGUUGACUUGGACUCCAAAUUUCCCAGAUCUCAAUCUGAUUGAGCAUCUGUGAGAUGUGCUGGACAAACAAGUCUGAUCCAUGGAGGCCCCACCUUGCAAUAUAGACGCUAGGAUCUGCUGCUAACGUCUUGGUUAUAGGGUGGCAAUAAAAUGCUAUGACACAAAAUGCUACUAACACAAUACAAUUUCAGUGCAUUUCGAAACCUUAGUCAAGGAAUAAAUCCAUCUGGUCUGUUGGUGUAUUUUCCAUAUAAACAAGGAAGUGUUGCCAAAUUCUGAAGAAUGUUUUGCUUUUGUUUCUUAACCAGCAUGUUAGCUUUUCUAGAGGAAUACAGUUGUUGACUUCUGAUAGCCACAAACUUGUUGGGAUGGCGGCAGGUGGUUUUAAUGUUACGGCUGAUCUGUGUAUGCUUUGAACUCAGGUAUAAGUCUAUAAGUCUAUAAUCUGUAUACUGAUUAUAAAUGAUCUUUGGUUAAAUGUUUUUAAGCCAGAAAGUUUUUAAUAAAUCCCAAGGAAUUCUCCAUCCAGAAGCUAAUUGUUAAUUUAGGGCUGAACAAUUGUUGACACGUGAUUGUUGUGCAUGAAUGUCCAGGUGUUCCUAAUAAAGUGGCUGGCAAGUGUAUACA